AUGAAGAGGAAGUUCGAGAUGAGUUCUUUAGGAGAAAUGACUAUGUUUUUGGGCCUGCAAGCUCAUCAGAACAAUCAAGGAAUCUUGAUUCAUCAGAGCAAAUACGUUCACGACGUUCUUGCUAAAUUCAGCAUGACAAACUCAAAGUCUAUAGACUCCCCAAUUGCAGAGCGGCUGUUGUUGACUGAGGAUCCUGAAGGAAGCUUUGUUAACCACACAUUGUAUCGAUCUAUGAUUGGUUCAUUAAUGUACUUAACUGCAAGCCGGCUAGACAUCAUGUUUGCCGUCUGUCAGUGUGCUCGGUAUCAGGCUAAUCGUAAACUCUCUCAUCUAACUGUUGUUAAAAGAAUUUUUAGAUAUCCGAAGGGAGAUCCUAAACUCGGACUCUGGUAUCCCAGAGAUUCGAACUUUGAUUAG